AUGGCGGCAGAUCAGCGCCAUGAGUCCCAUAUCGUCAAAACUAUCCAUAGCUGCCUUUUGCUUCUUGCCAUCUGCUGCUUCGUAGGAAUUCUCACACAGAUCGAUCGCCUCAUUUGGCACAUGCGAUACGUGCAGCUUAGGCGCGGACUUGCGACUUCGAGUGAUGUGAUGACCGAUAGCGUUCGACCUGCACCUUUGGAAGGAAAUAAGAAGGGUCGUAAAAAUGUGGUGAAUCUCCCGCUGAACGCCGGUGUCGAUGGUAAAGUUUCCGUCAGUAGCAACAUGGAUAUCACCCCCUUUAUUCAAGUCUCGGCCAAAUUGAACACCUCCAAAACAAGCUGGACAGCGUUGUAUGAGGAUGGGAGCGCAGCGCUCCCGCAGGUCCCUUCUCUUCUCUGGCUCCAGGUGAUUGCGGAUGCGCAGGAGUCGCUCUGCGAAGCUUCUACACGAUCACGACACGUUUGUAAGGCCGCUUCUAACUGGUGCUCGACCCUCUAUCUGUAG